AUGAGUGGAACGUCCUUCCUCCGAAAAAUGUCUCUUCACAAGUUCAGAAAGUCGCUAUCAAGCCCCAAGCUUGACAGUCUCAACCUCACAGAGGCAGAGAAAGCCCCAGUCCGGCCAGAUGAACCCCUCACCCCUCCACCAGAAACCCAGACGGUCCUGCUGUUGCAUGCUGCACGGCAACCCUACGAGUUGACAGACGACUACCCAGUCCCACAACUCCAAGACGAGCACGAAGUCUUGGUCCGCACCCAGGCCAUUGGUCUCAACCCCAUCGACUGGAAGGCUCCUGACUUCAACUUCGCUAUCCCCACCCUCCCCUACAUCUCCGGCCGCGAGCUCGCCGGCACAGUAAUCCAAGCCCCCUCUUCCUCCUCCACCCGCCUUCAGGAAAAGGAUCGCGUCCUCGUCAUCUCCACCGACUACCGCGACCUCCGCAAGGCAGCCUACCAAGAAUACGUCAUCGGACUCGACUACAACACCGUCCGCCUCCCCCCAUCCCUCUCCAUCGAAGAAGGUUCCACCCUCGGCGUCGCUUUUGUCGCUGCAGCCCUCGCCCUGGGUGUCUGCGCCGGCCUUGACUUCUCUCAUGUUCUCGACGGACCAGAUCUCUACUCCCUCGUCCGCGACCUCCCCGCCGACAGGAUAGCAGAGGACAUCCGCGCCGAGUGCCUAGAUGGCAUCCGCUCCCAUGAGCGCGCCCAAAAGGGGGACUGGCUCGCCGUCUGGGGCGGAUCGUCUACCUCCGCCAACCUCACCAUCCAACUGGCCAAGCUGGCAGGGUUGAAGACCGUUGCCGUGGUGGACAAGGCCAAGCACGGACUCCGGCUGGCGAACCACAAGGCUAUCAGGACCGACUUGCUGGUCGACAGCCACGACCCGGAAAGAGCGGUAGCAAUCAUCAAGGGGAAUCUGAAGGGCAAGUUGAGGUUCGGGAUCGAUACCCGCGGAAGGGAAUCGGCGACGAGUCUGCUGCAGGCUUUAUCGCCGGAUAAUCUGGGUGGUGGUGGUGAGCAGCCACUCUUAAAAGAGGGUGAGGCGCCUCCGAGCCCGCCGUCGACGCCGCAUGACUCGACGUUGUUGAGUGCGCAUUUGAUUGGGUUGACGGGCUUGCCUAAGCAGACGGCGCCGGAGGGGACGCUUUUCCAUACUGUGCCCAUCAAGUUGUUCCAUGAGGUGCCGGCGGUGGGUGAGGCGUUGGUUAGUUGGUUGGAGAGGUUGCUGAAGGAAGGGUUGGUGCAGCCGCCAGAGAUUAUUGACGUGGAGUCUGGGUUAGGCAGCAUCAACAAGGCGCUGGAUCGGAUGAGGAAGGGUGAAAUCAGUGGUGGCAAGCUGGUUGUGCGGGUGUAA